UUCCUGUUCCAGAAAACCCAGUUUCUGCAGUUUGCAGAUGUCUUCCCUUUGAAGGUGUUUGGCUUUGAGCCAGAACCAGCGUGGUACCUGGAAACAGUGGGCUGGAUAGAACUUGUGGGAGGUUGCCUUUUAGCCUUUGGACCUCAACUGCUGCAGGAAAUCAGCAAUUUUGUGCUCACCGUUAUCAUGAUAGGUGCCAUCUACAGCCUCUUGGCUUUGAAACAGCCUUUUGCCAUGUGUAUACCUGCCACUGUGUCCUUGGGCCUUUUGCUCCUCCUCAACAUCCGGGGAAGAGGGAAGUGUGUGAAGUCAAAGUCUGAGUGAGGCAAGGAGAAGGCGAUCUCUGGAGAGAUGGGAAGGAUCCAAAAUGUAGCUUUUGGGAGGACAGAUACCUUGUGUUCCCCCUUCCCGUUCCCCUGCUAACCAGAUCAUAUGGACCCUGCAAUGUGUAAUCCAGAAGGGGGGUUGCAUCCUCGAAGUCUGGCAAAUUGGUGGUGGCCUAUCUUGGGUCCUAUCACGGCUGCCCUCUUUGCCAGCUUUCUACCCCUCUUUAGACCUGAUUGGAGAUCUUGACUUCUCUGUAAAACCAGUUGCUCUCUCUUCAAUCAGUGGAUCCUUCUUGGGUUAAGGCCAGGAGACAACAUGGGUCGGAUGGAAAUAGAACAUUUCAAGGCGCCCAGAAUGAGGGUUGUAUGGGAUUAUGGUGGGGCACCAAAGAAUGUCGUUGAGGGUAAAAGAAUCCCAGGAAUUCUGCAGAAUGGUAAUCUAAGGGCUCAGAUAAAUCUUGCAUCUGUUCCAUGUUGUGCUGCUUGAUUUCUGGACUUUGUUUACCCUGCUUCAACACAUGUUGCCCUGAUCCAGAUUUGGACUUAUUUUUGUGGGUAGGGGAAGUCUACUUUAAUCACUAUUCCUUGCCCCUUUCCAAAGAUUCAACUCCAUUUACCCACUUUUUAAAAAAUGCCAUUGGCAUCAAUAGAAGGUGCUUUUUAACUUUCCAGUGUUAGGGCAUGAAUUUGGCGAAAUAAAGGUAGAGGGAUGAAUAGAUUUUUUCUACUAAGUAUGCCAUGAUCUUGAGCCAUCACCAUUUAUAAUAAAUAGUCUGGAGUGAAACAGGAUAGGCGAGUUACAAAACCACUGGAUUCUAUGUAAUAUGCCAGUAUGAUAAUUUGCAAAAUUCAGUAGACUCAAAGGUUAUGUCCAUAUUGGAGGACUGAAAGAUUGUUGGGGGUUUUGGACUUGCUUUUAAAAAAAUGCUUGUUAAAACCAGUGGGGCGGUGCAGUGCUUUUGAGUCAAAGGUGAAAAGAUGCUCCAGAGCGCGGAGGCACUCACAAGUCCUUGCCUGUAACUCCUUAAAGCAGAUGUGUCUUUCACAUGGUUUCAAAUGGGAUCUCGUAGGUUUUCAUGGUGUGACGUGAUCACGGCCGAUGGUUUUCCCAAAAGAAACUUACGUUUUUUAGAGGAGAGUUUUGGGGGUGUGUAUGUAGGACAGUUGCCAGUUGAUCCCCUUGUUGCUGACACUCUGCUUUAAGGAAAGUCGAGUAAAGAUACCUUUGCUGCCCUCACGUUUCUUGAAAUUCAUGAAGAACUUGGUGGUGGAGGGACUUCAUCUUGAAAGAGAAACGCUCUGUCUUGCUAGGAAAGAGAUUCAACAGAUUUGGUUUUUUUUGCACAACUCAGGAAUGGCUAACUAAUCAAGACUAACAUUUACUCACUUGACUUCAUUUGACUU